AGGCAUUCAAGAGGCAGCUGGACAGCCAUCCGUCAGGUGUGCUUUACCUUGGAUUCCUGCAUUGAGUAGGGUGUUGGACUCUAUGGCCCUAUAGGCCCCUUCCAACUCAACUAUUCUAUCAAAUGUUUUUAGAGACUAAUGAUAAAACAUAGGAUUGACUGCUCUGUCUCAGAAAAGACUGGCAGCUUGGUACUGAUUUUAGUUGGUUCAUCCACUCCCCACCUGUAUACUUCCUUACAUAAUCAAACUCUUGGGCAAUGAGAUACUUCUCCCUUUCAGGUGAGAUGUCUGAUAAGCUAAGCAGAUGCCGUAAGGAGCUAACCGCAGCUAUUGACAGAGCAAUGGAAGAUCUCUCAGUUCCUUCCCCUGCCUCCCCAGAUUCCACCACUGAUCAGAACUUUGACUUGCAGACAGCACAGCUGUCUUCACCCCACAAUGCAGACCUCUUGAGUCACAAGGGAGAACCCACGCCUUCCGUUUAUUGUCCCCAGUCCUCUUUACCAGUCUCUUCUGUUCCUGAAAAAGAGAAUCCCCUCUUCAAGCCAAACCUUAUUCCACUGACUAUAGCCUCCAACAUAACAUGUACAAAACGGGAACCCCUGACAAGCAAGGAAAAUACAUGGCUACAUCCUCCAAUCUUCAUGGCUGACAGGCAGUUUUUUAUCAGCCCAGAAGACAAUGAGAGAUGGAGAAAAGGACAUCUAAGCAAAACUGAUGAAAGGCCUGUGAAAUCAGAAACAAGUAUAACUGCCGGUGAUGUGCCUCCACAGAGUCUGAAAGAUCUUGCCAAUACGAGUGACAACUCAGCUGUUUGGUCAGCAGAGAGGCUACACAGCAAAACGGAUUUGGAGAAUGAACUCCAUCAAAUGUCUAAGCUUUCAAGUGAACUGUUUCCUCCAGAUGAAGCCUCAGUGCUGGAUCUGAGUGCGAGGACCAGUUUCAGAAAGGUCCUGGAGCAUACCUUAGAGGAUGAAGCAAUUAUUGAAACACUGCUGGAUAUGGAAGAGGAUUACAAACCAAACAGCUCCACCUUGCAGCAGCUGCACUAGAGAGGCUGGUGUAAGGUGUGAGCUAUUUAAGAUUUGAUAAUUAACACUUCUGAACCAUGGAAACUUUGGCAAAUAAUCCUGUCUGUUACGAGAUGCACUAUUAAAGUAAGUGAUUUACAAUAGUGUGAUGUUAAGAGUAUUUUCCCCACAGACCACUAAACAGUGAACAUCAUUUGGGCCAUGAUCAGGAAAAAUGAGUAUUACAUCUCAGAUAUUUUCCUUGGACUUUCAUGAUACAAUGUCUCUAUAAUGUAUGUGACAGGUCAGAUAUUAAGUAACUGCUUAUGUAGUCAUGGUUUUCCACAUUUGUCAAACACUGGAAUGGUACAAGUCCUAUUAUCUAUAUUAUGGCAAAA